AUGGCAAUUAAGACUAUCUAUAUUGCAAGACAUGGUUAUAGAUCCAAUUGGCUUCCACAUGGCCCUUAUCCACCACCUCCCACUGGUAUUGAUUCUGAUGUUCCGUUAGCUGAGCAUGGUCUUCAGCAGGCAAGAGAAUUGGCGCAUUAUUUAUUAUCGAUCGAGAAUCAACCGGAAUUAUUAUUUACGUCACCAUUUUACCGAUGUGUACAAACUAGUGAACCUAUCAUGAAUCUUUUAGAAAUACCAAUGUAUGUAGAUAAUGGGAUUGGUGAAUGGUAUAUGCCAACUAGACCAAUAAUUCCAACACCUGCUAAUUAUGAGACAUUAAAUCAUUUUUUCCCCGGUAAGAUCCAGGAAGGUUGGGAAGCAAGUAUUAUUCCAAGUGAUAAAGGUGAAACAGAAGAUGAUAUUUUUAUAAGAUGUAAGAAAUUUUGGCCAAUUUUCAUUGAUGCAGUCGAGAAAAAAUUCCCUAAUGUUGAGACUAUUUUAUUGGUAACGCACGCAGCUACGAAAAUCGCUCUAGGGUUAAAUUUAUUGAAAUUAGAUAGCUGCAGAGAUCCAAUUGAUUCUGAAGGAAAUUUAAUCAGAUCUGGUAGCUGUUCUCUUGAUAAAUACGAAGUCAAGGAUGUUUCUAAAGAUGAAAAUGGAGAGCCCAUUGAGGAUAUUCCAUUCCAAAAGAGGAAAUGGACCUUAACUAUGAACGGUAACACUGAAUUUUUAAGGAAUGGUGAAGAGAUGAAUUGGAAUUUCCAAAAAAAUGUGGAAGCAGGCUCUGAUGCAGACAUAAAAGCGCGUUUGAACAAAGAUAAAGAAUCAACAGGUACAGCUAAUGUUGUUGCAGCAACCAAGGAUGAUGAUCAGAUGGAAACUGUUUACGUUAGUUUAGAUCUUCCAAAUAAAAACUAUAGGAAGAAAUCAGAAAUACCGAAGGAUGCUAUCUUCCAAUAUUCAGGUUUAGAACAAAAGCAUCCAUUGAUUAAAAUUGGUUCGAAUGUGUAUGAAGGAACUUGGAAAAACUUAAUGGCACUGAAUUGGCCUUUCCGAAUGCCGCUAGUGUUCAUAAGAAAACUUCUACGAACAAUGCUGACGGUUCAGUUACAUUAG